GGAUGUGCAGGAUGUUUUAAGGUGGAAUGGAAACUCCGAAUAAAAGAGCUGGAGAGAAAGAAGCCAAGUUGAGCCUCGUCUAACAGUGAAAGAUGAGGAAAACUAAAGGGAAAGCGAGCUCUACAGAGAAAGAAUUUGUGUUCGAGUUCAAAGCAGGGAGAAAUCACUGUGUCCUCAAAGUGCCUCUGCAGUUUCCUGUUCAAGAAAAUGUCAGUGAUCUGCACGGAAGACUCCUGCUGCUCCACAAAAUCCCAUGCUUUGUAGAAAAGGACUUAAAGAACAAACUUCUUGCAUUCGUUGAAAGAGAAACGUUAGAAGAUUAUGAUCGGGAAGCUGAAGCAGCCCUACAGAGGAUCACUAACGGAGAAGUUGAUAUUAAUAAAAUGAGCAACCUCUGGGCCAAAGCCUACACCGAGACAACUCUAGAACACGCUCGACCCGAGGAGCCCAGCUGGGACGAGGACUUUGCAGACGUGUAUCAUGAACUGAUCCAUUCUUCGGCCUCAGAAACCUUGCUCAACUUGGAACACAACUACUACGUCAGCGUGUCCGAGCUCAUCAGUGAGCGAGACAUGGAGCUCAAGAAGCUCCAGGAAAGGCAGGCAGUGGAAAUGGACAAAGUCAUGCAGGAGCUGGGAAAGACCUUGAGCGAUCAGGACGUUAAUACAGUAGCAGCGCAGCACUUUGAGGCUCAGCAGGUUCUGGAGAACAAGUGGGCCAGUGAGCUGAAGCAGGUCACUGGGAUUCAGAAGCAAGAGUACCAGGAGUGGGUGGUUAAACUACACCAGGACCUUCGCAACCCGAACAACAGCACCAUCACGCAAGAGAUUAAGGUACAGCCUGGGCAGCUGAGCGAGGCCGGCGACUUGGGGGCCAGAGUGUUCGAGGAGCAUCGGCAGCUGGAGGAGAGCUUCACCAUUCAUUUAGGGGCUCAGCUGAAGACGAUGCACAACCUGCGGCUGGUGCGGGCCAACGUGCUGGACUUCUGCAAGCACAGACGCCAUGGCAGCGGAGGCAGCGUCAAGCUGCGUCGGCUACAGACGGCGUUCUCAUUGUACUCGUCCUCUCUCUGCGGGCUCGUCCUGCUCGUGGAUAACCGAGUGAACUCCUACAGCGGCAUCAAGAGAGAUUUUGCCACCGUGUCUCAGGAGUGCACAGAUUUCCAUUUCCCGCGACUUUCCGAGCAGCUGGAGGUGAUCCAGCAGGUGGUGCUGUACGCACGGGCGCAGCGCAGCAGCAAGCAGAGGGAACAGCCGGAGAUGCCAAGAAACGGGAACAACGAUGAAAAAAACAAGAACAUCGAGCGAAAUCCUUCAAACAUCCUUCCUGGCGAAUUCUAUAUCACUCGUCAUUCCAACCUGUCCGAGGUUCACAUAAUGUUUCAUCUGUGCGUGGAUGAUAACGUGCGCUCGGCAAACCUCACGGCUCGAGACCCGGCCAUCAUGGGCCUCCGCAACAUCCUGAAAGUUUGCUGCACGCACGACAUCACCACCAUCACCAUCCCGCUGCUGCUCGUGCACGAUAUGUCCGAGGAGAUGACCAUUCCCUGGUGUUUGAAGCGAGCUGAGUUGGUGUUUAAAUGUGUGAAAGGUUUCAUGAUGGAAAUGGCAUCAUGGGACGGAGGCAUCUCCCGGACUGUUCAGUUCCUCGUCCCUCAGAGUAUCUCCGAGGAAAUGUUCUACCAGCUCAGCAAUAUGCUGCCUCAAAUCUUCCGAGUCUCCUCCACUCUCACGCUCACGUCCAAACGCUGACCGAACCACACGUACGCAAAGGGCCAAGAAGGAACUCCUGGGGUGCUUCAUAGCCACACGUUUACAGUACCUUAAAAAGACAACAUUUGAAAAGAUCUCCUUGUCCGAGGCUCUGCAAGAUGGAAUUUGAGGCUGAAACGUGAUCAUACUGUAUGUGACGGAUUUGUAAUAAUGGAUUUCAUGACCAUGGCACUUCUUUUUUUUUUUUUUUUCUUUUUUUUUUCCCUCAUCCAUUUGCUCCAGCAUAUUUUAAGCUGUAUUAUAUCUGUCAUCUUAUUACAGUGUAUUAAAGAGCGAGAUCCAAACCACAACUGUGAUUCUUGAGGUCUCUCUCUCUCUCUCUCUCUCUCUCUCUCUCAGCUGUGUCGACUCUAAACAACUGGCAUGUGUUAGCAAACUCGGGGAUUACCUCCGGAUUCAGCGGUGACACGUCCAAGUGUUUAGACGUGGGGUGGAAAAUGGGGCAGUGGGAUUCAGGGACCCCUGGGGGUUCAUGAAGUAGAGCUAGUUAUCAGCCUGUUGAAAAAUCUUAAAUUCCACAGACCCUUGCAUUAAUUUAUUUGAGAACCUCAGUGACACCACAGAAAUGCAUAUGACAUUCCACUUGAAUAAAGCAAUAAGGCACUAGACGGCUUG